GCCGAAGAUGUCAGCUCGGUCAUGUGAUCAGCUGUGUCCAAUCACAGCUGAUCACAUGGCACUGAUGAUCAGUGUGCCCUGAUGAUCAGUCUGGCCCCAGAAGUGCCACCUCUCAGUGUCCAUCAGUGCCAGCAGUCAGUGCUCAGUGCCACGUGCCCAUCAGUGCCACAUCAAUGCCACAUAUCAGUGCACAUCAAUGCCACAUAUCAGUGCCCAUCUGAGCUGCCUUUCAAUGUCACCUAUCAAUGCCAAUCAGUGCCGCCUAUCAGUGCUGCCUAUCAGUGCCAGUCAGUG